GCAAAACUGCGAGAGGAAAAGCUUUCUAGUUUAGAAUGCUAAGAAGAUAGUAUAAAUUGACUGCGACAUUUGAAUUAGAAACUAAAUCCAUUUGAAAGUGGCAAGAUGAGGGUGACUAUUUCAGUGAUUUGUUUUUUGGCAAUUGCGAUUAGCACAGGAGAAGGCACCGCUGUUGUUUCAGUUGGAAAUUAUAAGGAUGAUGCUCAUCCCAAUACAUGUGUAUUCGAUGAAAACACCAUUAUAGAUAACUUUAACUCUAUAACGCGUUAUUGCCAGCGUGAUAAGUGCAUCGAUGGUAAAUUCACCUUUGAGCAUCGUGUUGACGGGUCGCCCGAUCAUUGUCAGAAAAUUAGUUGCUUAAUGGAUGGUAUUGGUCAUAUAGACGGUUGUCCUAAUAUUGUAUUGCCACAAGGCUCUCCUUGCACUUUUGGAGAGGCUAAGUAUCCUAAUGCCAGUUUUCCGGAUUGCUGUAAUACUGUGGUGCAUUGUCCUGACGGAGAUAGUGAAUCCUUUGAUUUGUAAAUAAACUAAAUCCAUGUUCGAGUUAGUUUAGGCUUUCAAGCAAUUUUAUUCAAUAACUUCUAUAUUUUUGAAAAAUAAACCAGAACAUUAAAACAAUUAUGGUCGUCUUGCAGUCCAUCAAAUAUCCUUUACUCAGGCGUUCACUACAAACAUUUUACUAAUCACAUACGCAUAAUCAACAGCUGGCGAUAAACGAACGCUUUGACUGCUCGUUGCUUUCAAAUAAAUUAGAAUCACUCUCUUCACCUUAUGCUCUUUAGUGCUUUGUCCUCUAU